AUGCGCCCGGCCGUGCACGUCGGCUGCUUCAUCGACGCCAUCCCGGAGGCGUUCGUCCUCGGAAUCAUGUGCGCCUUUCUCGGCUCGCUCGCCUUCGACCCCGCCGUGCAGGAGGAGUGGGGGACACAGGCGGCGCAGGCCUUCAUCGAGGGCGUGUGCGGCGGGAUGAUGGGGGCCAUGGUCUUCAACACCAUCCUGCCCGAGGUCUAG